GGAAAUCGGAAGUGAAUCCAUUGUCACGAAAUUAUAUAGUUUACUUCACUAAUUUGUGACUGUUUUCAAUGCAAUGACUCAACUACAUUAGGAUAUAGGAUAAAAAUGGCAUCCAGCAGAUUAGCUCUGUGUUUUCGCAUUCUAACCAUUAUUCUUGCAAUAUUGAUAUGGAUUAUUGGUGGUGCUAUUCUUGCAUUUUCCAUCUACCUGAGAGUUGACUACUGGAUCAACCAGUAUGUUCAGGCCUCCAGCGAACUCCAAGCGUACUCUAUCAGUGUGUAUGUGUUCAUCGCCACAGGGGCGUGCAUCAUCGUCUUCUGUAUCGUGGGAAUAUAUGGGGCGGCAAGACCAGACAAAUGCGCCCUCAUUGUGUAUACCAUAUUUCUGCCCAUCCUGCUGUGUGCGCUGAUUGGUGGGGGAGUGUAUGCAUAUGUGUACAGGGAGGAGAUUGAGAAUACGGUGAAGAAUUCCAACACGCUUCUACGACUGGUCCAGGAGAAGUAUGGCAACGAUGCAAGGGUCACACACUCCAUCAAUUUCAUGCAGAAAGAGCUGAUGUGCUGUGGUGGUAUUGCCUACACUGACUAUUUGGAAUCCUUCUGGGCCAACGAUUAUACGUCUGAAAAACCAGAGGAGCGUAAAAACAUGGCACCCCUUACAUGCUGCAAGGACUACAAGAGAUAUGAGGAUAUUCCCAUAACAGAGUAUAGGUAUUGCCCCAUUUACACGAGUGAUGCUAAUCAAAUUGGGAACCCCCUCAAAGACAUCAAUCCAAACAUCAAUAGAAAGGGUUGCGGGGAAGCAUUCGUAGAUUUCUUCCAAGAACACAUCAAGACUGCCGCAGCAAUUUGCUUCACAAUUGUUGGCCUUCUGUUCCUAGCCAUAGUGUUUGCAGCGCUCACUUUGUUUCACCUUCGCAAGGCCCCUGUGUCGCGGGAAGAUGAUGUUGUAUACGAGAUGGCCAGAACCCAGGAGAAAUCACCGUACCCUGCCCGUGGCACCCCAUAUGCCAACCUCUACCAGUCAUGAAUGCAAAAUCAUAUAAAAACAAAGAUUAAAACAUCAUGUUGGGAGACAGGUCAAUGUCUAUCAAAUACUCUCACCAUUUAUUUCAGAUCACCUGCUUUAGUCUAAUUUUUCAUCAAUAUUAAAGAUCACUAAAAAUUAUUUUUACAAUGCAAUUUAUCAUUAACUCUGCUUAUCUGAUGCAAUUUUGUUAUUAAAUCUGAAACACAUCUAUAAAUCAGGACUUUGAAAUUUUAGUCGAAGAUGGUAGAAAGCAACUUGUCUUGUUUUAGUCUUUGUGUUAAGAAACUCAUUUUUAUUUGGUUUGUGUCAUUUUGUGCAUGUCGUUUUUGACGUCAAUGUGUUUAAGUGCACCAUUGGCAUUUUAUACGAUUGUCUAUUUUAUACUACUUACAUUUUUUUAACCUGUGUUUGCUUUCUGUGCAAUUUUUAACAGUCAUGCCUGAUUCAGACUCAGUGCACCCUAUUUUUCUCUUCAGUUAUUUUCUCUCAUGCUGAUACAUUGGUAUAUAAAUGUAGUUAAUGAGAGGUUGUAUGUUUAAAAAAAAACUGCACACCAUAAUGAUAUCGAAAGUUUGUUGGGAAACAUAAUUUUACACCAGUGUAAAUUGAUUCAAAUCUUUUCAAAGCACUUUGUCAUUACUAUGCUCUUGAAUACAAUUAAUUAGUUCCCAGUGACAAGAAAGGACCACUCUUAGUUUUGGACCAUAAUUAUUUUGUUUUUGUUAUUUAUGUUUAACACUCUUGUAUGUUUUAUUAGCUGUUUGUGUUAUUUUGUUUAGUGUGAUGUUACCAUGGGUCUAGGUCUUUUACAAUGUGUUAUAUUGUCAUAAAUAACCUCAUUUUGUUCAGUUUUUAGUUAUUUGUAUCAUUUAAUACACUGAUUGUUCAUAAUCCAAUAUAUUUGCGUUGUAAGAUAUUGAUCAAGAAUAUAAAAAAAAGGACUGAACAUUAUAUUAAGAAAUGAAUGACAUUCUACCAGUAUUGUAUUUAUUACUUCUAAGAUCAUUCAUAUGGACUUAAACAAUCAAGUCCUAAACAGUGCAAUUAAGACUAGAUAUAGUUAGAAGUAACCUUAUACUGACAAAAUGGCGACCUGAAAUGCUUAUACAUGUAUAAUAUAAGAUAUGUUAAAUGACUAGUCAUUUUCUUAGUUCAUUCCAUCUCAAAUACAAUAGUCUUAUGUUCUACUUCUGAAUAUCAACAAGUUCAUAUGGUCACCCUUUAAUGAGGCCAUUGUUCCGAGUAUUAGUACAAUACAUAUUUUAAUUUUGCACUGAAAAUCCUGUCAGUAAUCUGUGCACUUUCAUUUUCAAGUACAUACAUUUUAUAGGUUACAUCUAACUAUAUGUUGUCUCUCCAGUGCUUUUAGUUUUAGUAAAACCAGCUUUUACUUAUUUCUAGCUUGAUUAGCAGUUGAUGCAUAGACAUACAAAUUAAAUUAAUAUUUUCUGUCUGUACUAAACUGCUAGGGCUGGUCUCUGAUGUAAAUAAACACAAACAUUUGUCAGUUCCAUGUUACCAUUAUUUGUUAUGCGAUACUCAGAAUAUAAGUCCUGGUAUGCUACUUUUUAUGUAGUUUCAUAAGUAUUUAAAUGCCAUUUUAUUAAUUUAAUAGAGACCAAUGAUCAUACCAAUAGUACCAAAAAUACAGGAGAUAUGAAGCCGAAUUGACUGACAAAAUACAGUUGAUUGGACUUGUUGGUCCAAUUACAGUUCAAAUGUUAAUUUCAAGAUAUAGCUGUGGUGAGAUGUAUAAAUAGUCAUAUUUGACAACGUUAACACAGAAAUGUUGUUGAACAUCUAAAACAAAUUAAUGUACACUAUUUUAUAUACAUUAAUGUUAAAAUUGUAAGAUAAGAGUUCAUUUAAAAGCACUUUAAUCAUAGUGAUCCAGGUAAUUGAAUAUGGCGCCGCAGUAUUAUUCAUUUUAUUUGUUUAGUCAUUCUUUUAUUGCAUGGCCUACUGUACAAAAUUCACGAAGAUGGUGCAUUUUGGAAUUAUUUUGUUCAUUUAAGCAUCUCUAUUUUUCACUUGGCCAAAAUCCAUUUAGAUUUAAAGUGCCAGCAGAAAUGUAAUAUUUUAUUUAAUGAUUUGUGAUGAAAUAUUGUAAAUUAUAAAUUAAAUUCGAGUUGUCAAUUCUCACUAACCUGAAUAUGGGCUACUUUUUAAUUAGUUUUAUCUGAUUUGAAUUUGAAAGUCUUGUCACAAUUAUCAUAAAACAUUAUCAAAAAGAAGUGAAAACAAAAAGCAGUUAGUUUUAAUACUACUGUUAAUUCUCAUAAAAAAUACCAAUUAUAAAUAGAGUCAAUUUAAAAAUUAACUUGAAAAUGCAUUAUUUCCUUAAUACACAUUGGCCUUAACUUUUGUGUUAUAUUUUAUCUCUUUAAUUUUAUAAAAUUGUGAAGGUUGUAAAUUAUAUUUUGUUCUCAGUUUUCUAUGUUUGCUCUGUUCUUUCACAGGUUUUGACAUUUAUAUGUAUAUCAUAAUAAGUGACCAUGAGUGUUGUACAUUUUUAAAUAUUGCUUUUUUAGGUUGUCCAAUGCUUUUGCUUCAUAUCAUUCAAUCUAUACACAUUUCUACAUUCGCAUUUUAUUAUAACAUAUAUUGAUAUUAUACAUUUAAUAGGCGUUGUCCCAUUUUGAAUAUAGUACGCUCUAUAUUCCAUGUAUAAAUUUUCUAGCAUUUAAUAAGUUAGUGUUAGUGAUGUUUUUUACUAUUUCAAUAUAUAUUUUAACAUUUCGUACCUUGUUAAGGUAUUGCAUGAAUUGUGUCAUGUGGUGUACAAUAUUUUUUGCUUCAAAAUUAUUUUUGCAUCGAUACUUUCAUGCUUUUGUUUAUGAUUAAUAGCAAUAGUGGUUUUUAUACCUAAAAAAAUUAAGUUAGAAAAUAUGAAUGUUGACAAUUGUCUUGAAAACGGCUGUGUAUUUACACUAUUUUUAAAGUUAUUUACACAAUAGUAGUUUUUAAUAUUAAAUAAUUGGCUUAAUAACUGAGAGAAAAAUUUGGCUCAAUAAGCUUUAACAGCAUUUUUUUACAAGACAAUAAGAUGACCCGCCUCAUGGGAAAAUGAGUCUUUUGACAUAUGCGGCUAGUGUUGCUCCAGCCCUGCCUGAGCGUCUGCACAGUCUGGUCUGGAGUUACCUGGUCCACUGAGCCUUGUUCUGAGAUAAUUGGGCUUAUUACAAGUGCGUAAAGUGUCAUCCCAGAUUAGCCUGUGCAGUUCGCACAGGCUUAUCAGGGACGACACUUAACGCCUAAACGUGAUUUUCGGUAAGGAGGAACUUUAUUGAAACUAAAAAUACCAUAAAAGUGGAAAGUGUCGUCUGCAAAGGCUAAUCAGGAGCGACACUUUACGCAAAUGCAUUAAGCCCAGUUUUCUCAGAAUGCGACUCCACUGAUGAGAGUACGAAACCUUGUAUGCGAUUUGAGGGGACUGCAUAGCCCCUGACCAGACUGUUCUAGUCUUGAGCUACAUUUGCUGUAUAUGGUACAAAACCCAUUUUUGCAUGACAUGGCUAGAUGAUACCCUUAGACUGUACAUGUUUGUACGUGGCUCAGAUGAUACCCUUAGACUGUACAUGUCUGUACGUGGCUCAGAUGAUACCCUUAGACUGUACAUGUUUGUACGUGGCUCAGAUGAUACCCUUAGACUGUACAUGUCGGUACGUGGCUCAGAUGAUACCCUUAGACUGUACAUGUUUGUACGUGGCUCAGAUGAUACCCUUAGACUGUACAUGUCUGUACGUGGCUCAGAUGAUACCCUUAGACUGUACAUGUUUGUACGGGUCUCAGAUGAUACCCUUAGACUGUACAUGUCUGUACGUAGCUCAGAUGAUACCCUUAGACUGUACAUGUUUGUACGUGGCUCAGAUGAUACCCUUAGACUGUACAUGUCUGUACGGGGCUCAGAUGAUACCCUUAGACUGUACAUGUCUGUACGUGGCUCAGAUGAUACCCUUAGACUGUACAUGUCGGUACGUGGCUCAGAUGAUACCCUUAGACUGUACAUGUUUGUACGGGUCUCAGAUGAUACCCUUAGACUGUACAUGUUUGUAGGUGGCUCAGAUGAUACCCUUAGACUGUACAUGUCGGUACGUGGCUCAGAUGAUACCCUUAGACUGUACAUGUUUGUACGUGGCUCAGAUGAUACCCUUAGACUGUACAUGUCUGUACGUGGCUCAGAUGAUACCCUUAGACUGUACAUGUCUGUACGUGGCUCAGAUGAUACCCUUAGACUGUACAUGUCGGUACGUGGCUCAGAUGAUACCCUUAGACUGUACAUGUUUGUACGUGGCUCAGAUGAUACCCUUAGACUGUACAUGUCUGUACGUGGCUCAGAUGAUACCCUUAGACUGUACAUGUUUGUACGUGGCUCAGAUGAUACCCUUAGACUGUACAUGUCGGUACGUGGCUCAGAUGAUACCCUUAGACUGUACAUGUCUGUACGUGGCUCAGAUGAUACCCUUAGACUGUACAUGUUUGCUCGUUCACACUGUGGCUCAGAUGAUACCCUUAGACUGUACAUGUUUGCUCGUUCACACUGUGGCUCAGAUGAUACCCUUAGACUGUACAUGUCUGUACGUGGCUCAGAUGAUACCCUUAGACUGUACAUGUUUGUAGGUGGCUCAGAUGAUACCCUUAGACUGUACAUGUCUGUACGUGGCUCAGAUGAUACCCUUAGACUGUACAUGUUUGUAGGUGGCUCAGAUGAUACCCUUAGACUGUACAUGUUUGCUCGUUCACACUGUGGCUCAGAUGAUACCCUUAGACUGUACAUGUUUGUACGUGGCUCAGAUGAUACCCUUAGACUGUACAUGUCUGUACGUGGCUCAGAUGAUACCCUUAGACUGUACAUGUUUGUACGGGGCUCAGAUGAUACCCUUAGACUGUACAUGUUUGCUCGUUCACACUGUGGCUCAGAUGAUACCCUUAGACUGUACAUGUUUGCUCGUUUACACUGUUUUUUAAUUAACCAGUGUAUACAACUAUCGUGUAUUUUGUCACUGAAUGUAUAAUGAGAGGAUAAUGAUUGCUUCUUCUACAUGUGCAUAAAUUGCUGUAAGUUGAGUCUCUGCUAUAAUCAGGGUUGUACCUAUACUGUGUACCUACACUGUAGUUAUCUCCCUUUGUGCAAGGGAAAAUUGCUUAUUGAUUGUUGUGUACAGAAUGCAUAUCCCCAUUGUGGAAACAAAAAAGCUGCAUAAUAUAAUUUAUUGUCAAAGUUUGACUUCUAGAACACAAACAGUUGUAGCAUUAUUGCUGAAUUAAUGUAGAAUUCAUAUUGGUUAUUUACAGUAUACUGCAUCAAGAUAGAGAUCAUUAGAAGACAUAAAAAAAUUAAUGAAUUUCCAUAUUUUUUACUAAUUUAACAGACUUUUAACACAGCGAUUAUCCCCCUACUUCGGACUAAACCCUUUCCCACUCAGAAGUAAAGUGAAAAUUGCUAUGUGCAAACAGCAUAAAACCAGAACAGCCUGUGAUUAACUUGCAGUCUGUUCAAGUUUAAUCCUUUUGCUGCUCAUCAGUAUCUAAGAGUUGGAAAUGAAGCCUUUAAAACUUGAAUUUAGUAAGAAAUGUCUUAAAUUAAAUGUAACUGUAAGGGACAACAAAUGUGUAAAAAUACGGAUCUAGGUGGUAACACUGAAGGGAAUCCCAUGGUAUUGAUUAUUAUGCGAGGCUGUUUUCGGAGAAAACUGAGCUAUUGUCAUAGCCAGCUCGUCCGACUUCCGCCGUAGGCGUCGUGCUGAAACCUUAACAUUGGCUCUAAAAUCAAAUUGCUUCCACCUACAACUUUGAACUUCAUAUGUAGAUGCACCUUGAUAAGUUUUACACGCCACACCCAUUUUUGGGUCACUAGGUCAAAGGUCAAGGUCACUUUGACCUCUAAUAUCAAACUUUAACAUAGGCUCUAAAAUCAAAGUGCUUCCACCUACAACUUUGAAACUUCAUAUGUAGUUGCACCUUGAUGAGUUCUACAUGCCACACCCAUUUUUGGGUCACUAGGUCAAAGGUCAAGGUCACUGUAACCUCUAAUAUAAAACUUUAACAAAAACCUUAACAUUGCCUCUAAAAUCAAAGUGCUUCCAACCUACAACUUUGAAACUUCAUAUAUAGAUGCACCUUGAUGAGAUCUACAUGCCACACCCAUUUUGGGUCACUAGGUCAAAGGUCAAGGUCACUGUGACCUCUAAAAAAAAAAUUUUUUUAAUCUGACAAGCUUUCGCAGCAGAGCGUGGCACCCGCUAUGCGGUGCUCUUGUUUUAUAAAUGCUAUUAUAGAAUAUAUAAAAAAAAAAUCAUAAUACUAUAGGCUUCCCUCCUGUGGGUGGUAAAGGGUUUAGUAGGGCAUUUGUCAGCACUGACAUUAGUAUGUGCACUAAGAACUUGUAAACCAGCCUAAACAGAAUCACAGUAAAAUGACUGAAAUACUAUUGAAAACAGUUAACAAACUAACGAAAUAAUGGCAUUUGUUAAGAAUGAGGAUUGCAACAACACUCCAGCAAACUAUUUUGGUGAAAUAAGUCAUUAAAAUAAGAAGUGAAAUAAAAUUUUGAUAUAUUCUCAGAACUUUUUCAUAAUAUUUUCAAUUAUUCGUUUUAUUGUACUUUAUUUUGUUUAUUUCUUUAAUUUUCAGUGGUUUUCACAGUAUGAAUAAAAUGUUUCAACAGUCUGUAGAGAAGUCUUUGUUUAAAAAGUGUUUUGUUGUUCAUCUAAACAUGGAAGAGAUACCUAUAUAUAAUUAAUCAAAGGUAUGCUAGUGUCUAGUCAUUUUGUAUAUUCAUGAGUAGCAUUUGUUGUACUCGAUGGUGGUUAGGUAAAUGUAGACUAAUUUUGUAUGUUCUAAACAUUAAAAAAAACAAAAAAACAGUAUAAGGUAUUUAUGAACACCUAAAGACAAUUUUUUAAAAAUCUAUAUCUUAUUUUAUCCAUCCACUGAUGGUUUGCACUUGGACCACAAUUGUAAUAGUGUGCUAUUUGUAUCAUUCCUCAGGUCUUGUGUUAAGGUAUAAUCAGUUUUUGCUUUCAAGAAAGAAAUCUUAAAAGAGCUUUAGGCUUAUUUUUGAAGAAAAAAGUUUUAUUUUUUUUGCGUGUGUACAUUUAUAUUUUUGUUUUAAAAUUUAUGUACAUGUAUUAUAAAUUUAUAUCUACAUGUGCUUGUUUGCUCAUAGUGUUUGUAUGUAUAUGUUCAUAGAUAUUGUACAGUGCGCCUUAUUGUUCAUAAUAUUUAUGCUGCGCCCAUUGUUCCCAUUUAAUAGUCUCAUCAAGCCUAAAUCAUAAGACACAUUUAACCAAAAAAGUUUUCUGUAAAUAUUUUUAGCAGAAUUGAAAUGAUGUGUAGUUGAACGCUUUUAAUACUUUUGAUUUGGAACUAAAGUUAUGGCUAUCUUUAUGACGUAAUACGUCAGCAUUCUGAAGUCUGGAUUUUUUUAUUUGUUUGAUGACUUUUGUAUGUGAGUCACUUUAAAGCAUCGCUUAUGUCUUCACUUUCAUCAAAUAAUAAUUGUGUCGUGAUAUAAUGCAUAUUAUUUAAGCGUUUAGGCAGAUGCUAUAUCAUAUUAUAUAUGUUUGUGUACGUUAUAUAAGUACAUGUACAAGCCAGUAGGAUAAUUUGAGUCGUGUUCUGAGAAAACUGGUCAUCAUGCAUGUGCGCAAAGUGUUGUCCCAGAUUAGCCUGUGCAGUUUGCACAGGCUAAUCAGGGACGACAUUUUCCGCUUUUAUGACAUUUUGAUUUAAAUGAAGUCUUCCUACUAAAAAUCCAAUUAAGGCGGAAAGUGUCGUCCCUGUCGUCGCUGGGAUGACACUUUACGCACAUGCAUUAUGCCCAGUUUUCCCAGAACGAGACUCAUUUGUUUGUACCGGACCGGGCACCUCUUCUGCUAGUGGCUAUUUUUUCACAGUCACAUAUUGCUAAAUGAAAACACUACGUUUUUCAACAUUCUACUUCCCAUAAUGACUAAGCUUGAGGCAUCUUAUGCGUCAUUUACUACUUUUAGUAAACAACUGUCACAUUCUUUUUAUGGAUAAUAAUGGUUGUGUAGUAAUGCCCAGGGGGGGGGGGCUUUUAUCAUCUCAAUUGUUCUUUCAGACAUGUUAUUAUGAAUCUAAUAAUGGACCACUAGGCCUUUGCAAACUCCAUUGGGGUGCCAUAUUUUGUAUGGUAAAGAAAUGAAGCAAAGGAACAUGUUUAAUUAACUGUUUGCUAAAUUUGUUUAGAUCGAAGUUACUAUGUUGUCACAGUUCUUUUCAAUAAAAGCUAUCAUGUAUAAAUAGAAAGGAAUAACAAACAACAGACUUAUCCAAGCUUUCUAUUGGACAAUAAAUCCUAAAUUACUUUUUGUCAUCUGUUGGGCUUCGCUCUCAGUCAAUCAUGCGCAUUCCUUUUGUAUUCUGUGCUCUUCUAAUAGUUUGGGAUCGUACGACAGGCUUGUUGAAUCUCGUUCAAUGGGCCUCGUUCAGGGGAAAGGGGGCUUAAUGCGUGUGCGAAAAGUGUCAUCCAAGAUUAGCCUGUACUGUGCGUUUAAGCUAAUCAGGGGCGACUUUUUCCGCCCAAACUUUAUAUUUGCUUAGAAGAGACUUUCUAUAAACGGACAAUAUCAUAAAAAGCGGACAUUGUCUUCCCUGAUUAGCCUGUGCGGACUGCACACACAGUACGCCUAGUUUUCACAGAACGAGUCUCCAACCCUGAUCUUCUUCAACAGAGGCUGGUGUCCGGAUCAUGUCGUGUAGAUGUUCUCUCUUUUUCAUAGCUGUAGUACUCGUAUUGCGUCAGUGAACUAUUGUGAUCUGUAUAUUUUGAAACUAAAAUACAAUUUGUAUCAAAUAA